CAGAAAGCAGCUGGCCCGCUUGAGGGACCCAUGAGACGCCCUGUCUCUGCCCCGGGCAUUUGCAUCCGGAGCACCGUGCCAGGCUGGGCAACCAGGAGACCCCACUUUUGGUGACCUGGUCAGCAGCUUGACCAGGGGGACAGUUAACUGAAGCAGGAUCAAGCCUUCAUCAGCUGAAACAUCCCCCCCUUCUCCACCAGCAGGGAAGCCUGAGGGUAACGCUGACCCCGAGGUGUCCUUCCUCUGGCCAGGAUGAGAGUGACAGGCCUGAUUCGCGUCUUGGCUGUCAUCGGGACCCUGGUGGCCACGUGGCUCUUCCUCCGCAGUUACCACAACUUCAACAGGAGGAACAUCCGCCUGCCACGCUGGCUGGGCAUGGCCACCCAGGAGAUCCGAGCCCCAAAGACCAAGUGCGGGCUCAGCAAGCCCUGCCCGGACAACUUCUUUGCGUUUAAAAUCUGCAGUGGAGCCGCCAACGUCGUGGGCCCUUCCAUGUGCUUUGAAAAUGAAAUUAUCAUGAGUCCUGUGAAAAACAACGUGGGCAGAGGCCUGAACAUCGCCCUGGUGAAUGGAACCACAGGACAGGUGCUGAGGAAGGACAGUUUUGACAUGUACUCUGGAGAUGCCAACCUCCUGGUGAGAUUCCUCGCAGAAAUUCCCGAGGGCACACUGGUGCUGGUGGCCUCCUAUGAUGACCCAGGGACCAAGAUGAAUGGCCAAAUCAGGAAGGUGUUUGCCGACCUGGGGAGUUCCUACGCAGAGCAGCUGGGUUUCCGCGACAGCUGGGUCUUCCUAGGAGCCAAAGACCUCAAGGGUAAAAGCCCCUUUGAACAGUACUUAAAGAACAACCCCAACACGAACAAAUAUGAGGGGUGGCCGGAGCUGCUGGAACUGGAAGGCUGCGUGCCCCGGAAGGUAUUUUAGGGUGUCAGUGGCCCCUCCUGAUUUAGGAGCAAAAGUCCAGGGUUGCUGGAGCUGGGCCAGCAGGGAAUGGCCCAGGAAGAAGAGAAUGAACUCCCCGGAACAUCUACACGCAACGGCCAAUCAUCCCUGCCCACAGGGACUCGAGGACCCAAGAGCCUCUCACUGGCCUGAGAUACUCACUCUGCAGGCUGAGUGGCCCCCUGGGAGAACAGGUGUGUGGUCAUCAUGAACUGCCCAUGGUCAGCCCCCAGAGGGACUGGCUGCCCACACUUGAGCAAGAUUAAAUUCUAUUUUUGUUGACCUUGAA